AUGGCCCCUCCACAGCCUCUGGCGUCCCCAACGAAGAUACCCCUGCUGCAAGAGAAGGCUCUUGACACGCCAGCUACGAAUUUCAGCGACAAAAGCCCUCCGCCUACUCCUGGCCCACAACAUGCACACAAGAAGAACAUGGAUGGCGCCCUAACCUCCCUGCUCUGGGGAGCAUUUGGACCAUGCAUCCCGGUCAUGGUUGUAUGCAGCGUUUUGUUGACCGCAAUUCUGUACAAUCGCAUUCCGGACAGCUACGUCUUCGACCCAUCCAAGCAGACCAAGAUCUCGAACGAUCCUUUGAGCGCCCUCCAUGGCGUUCAAGCGAUUGAGAACAACGGUGGCAGCAAAGCGUACUAUCUUUAUGAGAAGGGCAUCACUAACCCUGCCGUCUUACACACGAUCUCUUCCUGGACCGCGAAAAUUCUUCCUUUCGUGACCGGAGCCAGCAUGGCGUUGGUGGCCUUCCUGGCCGGCCAGCGCAUUAUCAAGGCAACAUCGACCAAGUCAGAAAGACUCCCGAGCCCACAUCAGGUUUCGAUUCUGAUAAAUUUGCUCAACGGUGGAGGAGCACGGCCACUGCUUGAUACCCUCAAGUACCGUUGGCAGAACCAUGAGGACUUGGUACAGCCAGUUCCCUUGGCCUUCUGGAGCCUCCUAUUCAUCGUGGCCAUGACAUUUGUGAUUGGAAUUGUGGAUAGUUGGUUUGGUACCGCCACGAAAGCCAUCAACAUCGCUCUCGUCAUCCCGAGUGCAGCCACAGCCUUUUCUUUCGGCCGAAGUCUAGACCCGGAGCGGUGCGCCACAGAAUCCUGGCAGAGUAGUAGCUGCCCAUCGAACCUCAACGCGCAAUGUCUUUACCCAUGCAGCAUGACGAGCUGGAAGGUCUCUGGCUAUGAACGAGAAGGCCUUUAUCAUGCGCAAGAGGCAGCAGAGACUCUGAUGCAGAACUCUCGGACCAAUACCAUUUUGAAUGUCACGGUUGAUGAUGGAUCCAACUACUAUUUCCUUGCGGACCUUCGCCGAGGGAUGAAACUUGAUUUUGUUGCGCCAACGCUCGCCAUCAAGACCGAGUGCCAAGUUGUGACGGAUACCUGUGAAACCCACCCUGAAGGCGGCUUCACAUGCGGCACGUACAGUGCGCCGUCCUUUUCAUUUUCCGGCCAGGUCGGAAUGGCUGUCGAGAAUGCGACCGCGGCACCCGACGAGGCAAUGGUCGGCAUCCAGUUCUUCAACGACUCGGCAUGGACACAACCAGUCGGACUGGGAAGCAGCGCCACGGAUCUAUUCGCCUCUACUAACCCUGUUCAUUUCCUUUCCUGGAGCAAGGGCUUCCCUCCCGUGGACACCUACGCGGACGAGUUUGGAUACAUGCGCAACCACAGUUUCUUGAAGAACGACACCAACGGGGACACAGUCUUCAUCCUGUCCUGCGCCGCGACCAUCUACGAGGCCGAGUACUACUGGAUGAACGGAAGCGUGGUGCCCUCUGAACUUAAAGCAUACGAACUGGCACCCGACUACUACGGUGCAGUCUACAGCGCCGCCUUUGCCACGAACAGCCCCCUCUCGCACCUGGCCCUUCAAGACGCCGCCGCACUAGCCGCCUACCAGCUCCGACCGGAGGGGCUUGCCAAGGUCUUCGCCAACCUCUUCUCCAAAGCGGCCGUGGCGUUCUCCGCCGGUAUCUCUGUGCCAGUCCAGAACGACCGAGAGUGGACGCGCGAGAACACCUACCUCGCCACACGGGUGCCGCUACUACCGCUGUACACCCUGAUCGCGCUCAAGGGGUUCUACGCCUUCUUCGCCCUGGCUCUCGCCCUGCUCGCCGUCUUCAAGACCCGGCCGUCAGAAGCCCACGAAGUGAAAGAGAGGUUGACCGUCGAUGGCCUCGCCGCGGGCUUCUUCGAACCCAACGCCGCGCACGAAAAGGCUGUCAAACAAGUCUCCGACCUCUUCCAUGAACAUCAAACGCCCGAAAAGAGCGACGCCACGCAGAAGAUCGGCCUCCUGCAUACCGACCAGGGCGGCUGGCUUUGGGUGACGGUUGCGCGUCAGGCCUUUGAAGGCCUCGGGCUCGCAGAGGUCAUCACCACGGCGGCGGACCAGGCUGCCGACGCUGCUGCAGGCAAGCAGGGAAGUGCCGGUCGAGUGGGCGAGGGGUAUAAAUUGAUCAAGGACAUUCUUUAG